AUGCGUAAGCGAUGAUAAGUUAACGGUGGUCCAUGGACAUAGGACGUGCGCCUCCCUCACUCGGUCUUUGAUACUUCGAGUUCGGUUUCGAGUUCGAGUUCGGCCGCGGGUGGGCAGGAGUGCGAGUGGCCAGCGCCCUCAGCACCUCAGCACGCACUCUAGAAACGCCCUGUGCAAGACCUCAGCACUCAGCAACCCGUGUGUGUGUGGCUGUGUGUGUGUGAAUGAGUGCGUGUGUGUCAGUCAGUGAAGAAUAACAGCAUCAGGGGCUAUAGAUCUAUGGUCCCAUGGCCUAACCAGCCCCCUAAGACACUGAAGAAGAACACAGCAUCCUUGUGAUCUGAAGACCGGAUGCCAGCGGGAUACUAAGAGAAGCAACAUAGCAAAACCAGUAAAGUGAAGGAGUGACGUGGUGGUGGUGUUCGUCUUGAGCCAUUCCGUGUGGUGUCCCUUCUUCCCCUUCUUCAGCCCUUCGUCGUUGUCCUUCCUCACGCCCCCUCCAGCAUCAUCAUCAUCCUCAUUCCCUCUCAACAGCAUCCUUAUCAGUAGUAGGAGUGGUGUAAGUGGCCCCUUCCCUUCUUUACCCCCUCAUCGUUGUCCCUCUUCACGCCCCUGCCCUUCUUCGUCGAUACCACACCAGCAGGAGGAGCAACAUCAUACCAUCCUCAUCCCCCUCAGCAUCCUCCUCGCAUCUUAUCAGUAGUAGGAGUGGUGGUGGCGGUGGUGGUGUGAUAGUUUGAGCGGAAAAGAGCAUCAUAUCACCGUCCUCAUCCUCCCCUCCAGCAUCCUUUACAUCAUCCUCAUCAUCAUCAGUAGUAGGCGUGGUGGCGGUGGUGGUGUGGUAGUUUGAAAGGAAGAGAAGGAUGCCGCUCAACUCUGGAUUAUCAACCGCCUCACAGACAUGCCCCAGAAUUUAGACAAGCUUCCGGCGUCCCACGUUAUGGAAAUUAACACGUCAUAUGGCGGACCCUUGGUGAAGCCUGAAAAGAGCAGUCCCCCGCUCGGCUCUCCGCAGUUGCCGCCGUGCUCCGUGUCCUCAGAACUCACAGAGAUGGCCAACGAUGCGGCGAUCCCUGACGCGUCCUUCGAGCAGCGUCUUCUACAGGCUUCUCGGCAACAGCUCAAGCAGCACCAGCAGUUGCAGCAGCAGCUCCUCCUCCACCAGUACCAGCAGCAGCAGCAGCAACUGACGGAGCAGCACCAGAAGCAGCUGCAGCAACACAUAAAGCUCCAACAAAACCUGCUCUACCACCAGUUUCAGCAGGAGCACCAACGCCUCCUAGAACAGCAGGAAAAUGAGCUACACUCGCAUCUCAAGCAGUACCUGGAACAGCAGAAUACCAAGCGGGAGGAGGAGAGGGAGAAGCACAGGAAGGAGACGGAGCGGUUGGAGGCGCUGAAGAAUAAGGAGAAGAGUGAGCAAUCGGCCAACGCGUCUUCGGAGGUCAAACAGCGACUCCAGGAGGUUAUCUUGAAGAAGCACCGGGAUGCAGCGCCCGGGGCGGCGGCUGGCGGCGGUGGGGCGGGGGGGGGCACCUCCAGCCUGCGGACCUGGCCGCCCGGCAGUGACUUCCCCCUCCGCAAAACAGCCUCGGAGCCCAACAUCUGCCUCAAGGCUCGCCACAAACAGCGGAUGGGCACGGAGCGGCGUCCUUCCCCCCUGGUAGCACGCCGCAAGGACAAGCUGCCCUGCUCCCUCAAGAGACGACCCCCGUAUGCAGUCGAGAGCGGAUCCACACCAGACAGCGGCCAGAGCUCUCCUCCCAACGGGCUACCCACCUCACGCUCAUCCUCGGGGUCCACGCCUAUCCAUGAGGAGGGCGGCGGAUCCCCCUAUGGCGCCCACGGGGGAGGGGGCCAAGGAUCCUGCUCCGACCUCCCCGUCUACUCCUCCCUACCCAAUAUCUCCAUGGGACGUCCCCCACAUUCCACCCAGCCCGAGGGGCUGAAGCUUCCCAUAGUGUCUGAAGCGGACAUGCGGACACUCCCGACCCACAUCGGCAUGCCCCUGACCGGACACCCCCUCUCCUCCACGCUCCCCUACUACCCGACUCUACCAGUGAUUGACGGCGAGGGUUACAGCAUGGGUGGGGCAGCUCGGGGCCAACAGGUCACUGCCAUGGAGACCAGUAGUGGUGGGGGCAUCAUGCGAGGGGGCAUCUACCACCCCUCUGCUGCCACAGCCAUUACGGACCCCCAGGUGAGGACCAGCCGCUCACGCCCCCUGAGUCGCACCCACUCCUCCCCGCUGCCCCUCGGCCACCCAGUGUUGCAGGGACAGCCACCCUCCUUCCUGCCCCACGCCCCCCAGACAGCCCCCCACCAACACACCCUCGACCACCAUCUUCUGAAACAGCACAUCCGGCAGACAGUCUUGACACGCGCCAACAGCAAAAACCAGGUGGAGAAUGUGGCCGAGGAGACUGAAGCUGCCGUUGCCCAGGCCAUCGCCACCGACAAGACUCCAGAGGAGCCUCUGGACCCUGUUGUGAGCUAUGGCACCCUUGGGAUAAACCCUCUUGACCCUACUCCUGCUGGACCCGCUUGUAGGCAGCCCUGGUUAAAAACAUUGACUGGUGUGACACUCACUGAUGCUGGAAAGAGGGUAAUAGACCUCACUGAACGCAAGAUUGAGGAGAGUCAGCUGGCCAGACACCACCGAGAGCACCUGCUCUUCCCACACCACCGAGACCUGACUGGCAAGCCUCCGCCUCUCCACUCCUCCACCAUAUCCCUCCUUUCCUCUUUAGGUUCGGCCUUCACCCCGCGCUCCGGUAGCCACAUGGCGCGGCCCCUGUCCCGCGCCCUCAGCUCUCCCCUGGUCACCCUCUCCCCUCAAGGCUCACCACAGGAACAAAUCAACAUCAGCAAGCAGGGCGCAACAACUGGGUUUGCCUACGACAACAUGAUGCUGAAGCACCAGUGUGCGUGUGGCGACAACUCCCACCACCCCGAGCAUGCGGGGCGCCUGCAUUCCAUCAUGGCACGGCUGCAGGAGACCGGCCUCUUCCACCGCUGCUACUGUCUCCGCACUCGCAAAGCCACACCUGAGGAGAUACAGUCAUGCCAUAGUGAGGCACACACUCUUCUCUUCGGCACGAACCCCCUGAACCGAUCUCGACUGGACCUGAGUAUGUUUGCUGACCUGCCCAUCAAGAGCUUCGUCCGGCUGCACUGCGGAGGCAUCGGCGUGGACCUGGACACCACCUGGAAUGAGAUGCACACGUCCUCGGCCGCUCGCAUGGCUGCCGGCUGUGUGAUAGAUCUGUCCUACAAAGUUGCAACAGGUGAGCUGCGUAAUGGCUUCGCGCUGGUCCGUCCUCCAGGGCACCACGCGGAGCACCAGCAGGCGAUGGGCUUCUGCUUCUUCAAUUCCGUCGCCAUCGCUGCUCGCCAACUGCACCAGAAGCUUAGCCUGGAGAAAAUACUUAUUGUGGACUGGGAUGUGCAUCAUGGGAACGGCACACAGUCCAUGUUCUACAAUGACCCACAUAUCCUGUACAUCUCCAUGCACCGCUAUGAUGAUGGGAGCUUCUUCCCUGGCACUGGGGCUCCCACUGAUGUGGGCGAGGGCAAUGGGUAUGGCUUCAACGUCAACAUCGCUUUCUCCGGGGGACUGAAGCCUCCGAUGGGUGACGCGGAGUACCUGGCGGCCUUCAGGAGUGUUGUGAUGCCCAUUGCUAAGGACUUCGACCCUGACGUGGUGCUGGUGAGUGCCGGCUUUGACGCAGCAGACGGCCAUCCCCCGCCCCUGGGAGGCUACAAGGUCUCGGCGAGUUGCUUUGCCCACAUGACCAAGCAGCUUAUGACCCUCGCUCGUGGCAAGGUGGUGCUUGCGCUGGAGGGCGGCUACGACCUCACCAGCAUCAGCGACGCCUCUGAGGCCUGUGUGAGAGCCUUGACAGGGGAGGACCCUCCACCCAUCUCUGAGCAUGAGCUGACGCGCCCACCCUGCCAGAACGCUCUCAAAACCCUCCAGAAUGUUAUUGCUGUGCAGAGCGGUCCCUGGCCAGUGGUGCGGCGACAGAGUGCGUUGCUGGGCCUGUCCCAAGCAGAGGCUCAAGGCCGUGAGGAUGAGCAGGAGACAGUCUCAGCCAUGGCCUCGCUGAGAGUGGACCCCCAGAACUCACAGUCCAGGAGUCCGGAGCCCUCCCCCCAGGCCACUGCUGCCGGCGCCUCCAAUGAUGAAGAGGAGCCCAUGGACGAGGACUCUGAGGUCAAGUAACGGGCGGGCAGGACCCUCCGUGAGCCUACACGUGACUGGCCGGGC